GUGGUGGAGUCGUCGCCGGUGAAGAGGAGGAGGAGGACGAUGAUGAACGCGGACCUGCGGAGGGAGCGGGCCGCCGCCACUUUCCAGCCCGAGCUCCUCACGCACAUCCUGGACGGCGGCGCCGAGCGCACCCGCCGCCGCAAGGAGAUCGAGGCCUUAGUUCUUAAUGACCCUGACUUCCAGCAUGAAGAUUUGAACUUCCUGUCCCGUAGCCAGCGCUAUGAGCAAGCCAUCAGGAAGAGUUCUCUGAUGGUGAUGAAGUUAAGAGAAUAUGGCAUUGCAGAUCCAGAGGAGAUCUACUGGUUUAAAAGCUUUGUUCAUCGUGGACGGCCUGAGCCUCUGGACCUUCAUCUGGGCAUGUUCCUCCCCACCCUUCUCACCCAGGCAACCCCAGAGCAGCAGGAUCGCUUCUUCAUGCCUGCCUGGAACCUGGAGAUCAUUGGCACUUAUGCCCAGACUGAAAUGGGCCAUGGAACUCAUCUUCGGGGUCUGGAAACUACAGCUACUUAUGACCCCGCUACCCAGGAGUUCAUCCUCAACAGCCCCACUGUGACCUCCAUUAAGUGGUGGCCAGGUGGACUUGGAAAGACGUCGAACCAUGCCAUUGUUCUGGCUCAGCUUUACACUCAGGGCCAGUGCAAAGGGCUGCAUGCCUUCAUUGUUCCCAUACGGCAGCUGGGCACCCAUGAACCUUUGCCAGGUAUUACAGUGGGUGACAUUGGGCCAAAAUUUGGUUAUGAUGAAAUGGAUAAUGGUUACCUGAAAAUGGACAACUUCAGAAUUCCUCGGGAGAACAUGCUCAUGAAAUAUGCCCAGGUUGAACCAGAUGGCACCUAUGUGAAACCACUUAGUGACAAACUAACCUAUGGGACCAUGGUGUUCAUCCGAUCACUCAUUGUAGGCGAUUCAGCUCGCUCCCUGUCCAGGGCUUGUACCAUUGCCAUCCGCUAUAGUGCAGUGAGACACCAGUCUGAGCUAAAGCCAGGGGAACCAGAACCCCAGAUCUUGGAUUAUCAGACCCAACAAUACAAACUGUUUCCUCUCCUGGCAGCAGCAUAUGCUUUUCACUUUGUGGGAGCCUAUAUAAAAGACACCUAUCGUCGUAUCAGUGGAGACAUCAAUGAAGGAGAUCUGAGUGAGCUGCCAGAGCUCCAUGCACUGACAGCAGGGCUGAAGGCAUUCACUUCCUGGACUGCCAAUGCUGGUAUUGAAGAAUGUCGGAUGGCAUGUGGUGGGCAUGGCUACUCUCGCUGCAGUGGCAUUCCUGACAUCUAUGUCACGUUCACCCCAUCCUGCACCUAUGAGGGAGAAAACACAGUCAUGAUGCUGCAGACCGCAAGGUUCCUUGUCAAAAGCUACACCCAAGUUAGUUCUGGGCAGCGGGUUACUGGCAUGGUGUCCUACCUUAACGAUCUCUCCAGGCAACGCAUUCAGCCACAGCACGUGGCUGCUAGAACUGUGACUGUGCGGAUCAAUGAUCCAGUCAGCUUGGUAGAGGCCUACAAAGCACGUGCUGCCCGACUUGUAGAAGCUGCAGCAAAGAAUUUGCAAGCUGAACUGAACCACAGAAGGAGCAAGGAGGACGCCUGGAACAGAACUUCUGUUGAUCUUGUGCGAGCAUCUGAGGCACACUGUCACUAUGUGAUAGUGAAGCUUUUCACAGCCAAGCUGUCUGAGAUCAGUAAUGCAGCUGUUCGUGCUGUCCUGACUGAGCUGUGUCUCCUGUAUGCACUGUACGGGAUCAGUAAGAACACAGGGGAUUUCCUGCAGGCGGGUAUUCUGAGCGAUGCCCAAAUUACUCAAGUGAACCAGCGCGUGAAAGAGCUCUUGGCUAUAAUUCGUCGCAACGCAGUGGCACUGGUAGAUUCCUUUGACUUUCAUGACGUUCAUCUUGGAUCUGUGCUUGGCCGAUACGAUGGCAACGUCUACGAGAACAUGUUUGAGUGGGCAAAGAAAUCCCCAUUGAACAAAACAGAGGUUCAUGAGUCUUUCCACAAACACCUGAAGCCGAUGCAAGCCAAGCUGUGAAGCCUCCUGGUUUUGUUUUGUUUGGGGGUUUUGUUUUGUUUUGUUUGUUUUUUUUAAAAGCACACUUUUCCUGACCUGAAAACUGGGUGUUAGCAUCCUUUCAUCAGGCACCUAAAUCAAACCUUUCAAAUCCUGUUAGCAGUAGGACAGUGAAUAAUUGUAGCCUUUCUUUCCACUUGUAUAAAUUGAGGAGGUGUCUGGGGAGAGUGCGUAGGGAUUGAUGCCUGGUUUUAAAGUGCAAUUAUAAUGGUAAAAUUAACCUUUUAAAAAAUCUGGGAGAGCUUUAUGGAUUCACACAAGGAUUGCUUUUGUGAAGCUGCUAACUAGAGUGAAGUUACUGUCAACUGGAAAGGUAGCAGGAAUUUACUACUAAGUAGUUAACAGCCCUCAGGCAAUAGCUUCUAAUGAGCAGUUAUGUUCUCCCCUCAAAAAGCAUCAAUGUCUUGAUUUAUUAUUAUUAUUUUUUGUAAGAUUAGCACCACCUCUCUCCUUGUUUGGCAAAUAUUUAUGCUGUCUAAAGCCUCCUGCGUAGUUUUGUGCCUGUGAAUCUCUACGUGGCACUACUUUCCUGAUCUGGCUGGGAAGCAAACACCCAUCCUUCUCUGGAGCUCUGCUUCAUUCUUCUUUCCAGGAGACAUCUUCAUGUUUUCCAAUACAUCCUUCUUUCACUGCCCUGCAGAAACUCCCUUUGCCUCUGUGCCAGCUCCAACACUGGCACCUUACUCUUCGUUAAUAGGAAGUUAAAAGAACAUAGCGAUGCUGCUCUGAGGGGAAAAAAAAAAAAAAAAACAAAACAAAAAACAAGUAGUAGUAGUCAGCUAGGUGCUGGUACUAGCUGUUCUGCCCUUAAGUGUUAGCAUUUUUGUAGCACUAUCUCAAAGCACUUUACAAAUGUUAAUUAUGGUGAUUUGAUGUGAAAAACCACAGGUAGUGGGGUUUCCUACUGCAAAUUUGACCUGGAAUGAUGAAGCCAGUAUUUGAGGGCAGAAAUCAAUUGACCCAUGGUCCUUAGGUCUUCAGAUUGUUCUGGGAUGUUCUUCUGUUUUUUAAAGGCAUUCUUCAAGAAAAUGACAAUCCCAAGUGAAGUGUCCAGAUGGUGGUUUGUUUUUUUUCCUGCCCAUGCAUUUCCAAGGAGCUUUCUCUGAUUUGCUUAAGUUUGGUUUUAUAUUGACUUGGGACUUGCCCGGUGCUGUCUGGAUUUAACAGGUGAAAGAUUUAGCUUUUAACAGAACCUCCUGAUGCCCAGUGAAAUCAGUGCAACUACAACUAAGCAAAAUCAUUGCUGUUUUUCAACACCAAUAACUGUCCAGUAACAAUAAACCUCUCUUCACAACAGAUAAGAGCAACUUUGAGCUUAAGAUGGUAAAAAGCUUCAGCAUAAACCCAAAUCCUGCAGUGAGGCAACAUCUGAGAAGCUGGUUGUCUGACAGCUUUGGUAUCUGUUAGUCUCUAAUUUUGGAUCAGUUUUCAUGGAUGAGUGUUUUUUCCUGGCGCUAACAAUGAUCAGGCACGAUGUUUGGCUCCACAUGCAGUAGCUGAACAGAAAGAAAUGUUUAAUUUUAAAUAAAAUGAUCAAACUUGC